AUGUCUUGGUUCGGUAUCACCCCUCUGAAGAAGUUCCCCGCCCCGGUCGUCCGGCCCAUGGCUCCCUUCUUCAUUGCCGGUCUCGUCAUGGCUUGGGGCAUCAACGCCGCCCAGAACUCCAUGAUGCAGUCCGACGAGUGGAAGAACGACCCCCGCAACGUCUACGCCAAGAACAAGGCUCACUAA